AUGGUCAACUUCAAGGAGCUCUUCAAGAACAAGAACACGCUGCGUCGCAAGGCCAAGGGCGACGUGCCCGCCGAGGACGAGGUGGUGCCAUCCAGCAGCGUGCAGGCGGCGGUGCAAGUGUCGCCUCAGCCUACACCGGCACCAGAGAAGCCACUGCCCCUUCCACCGACGCCGAGCUCGUUGCCUCGCCACUUCCCCAAGCUUGUCGCUGCCGGCCGACUGCUCCCGCCCCCAGUUGACUCCGACGCCACGCCGACGCCAACCUACCUCCGCGCCAUUAAUAUGGCCUGGGACCCAGCCGCGCACAACGAGGACCGUGCGCUGACCAACAAGUCGCUCGGCCAGCUGAAGAACCUCGCUCGCCCCUUCGUUGGCCCACUCCGCGCCGGUCUCGCCAUCCGCCCGGCGACCUACGAGGAGCUGGAGCACCUCGGAGGUGGCGCCCAGUCAGGUCUCCCGGCGUUUGUGGGAGAGAUUGUGCUGGGCAAGUUCCUCAUGCAGGGGCGGAUCUGGUCGGCUUUCCAGGCGACCGGAACCGUGAGGGACAAGAACGGACGCAAGGUCAAGCGCGCCCUAGUCGCAAAGUUCGCCCUCGUAGACAACAUUCUGUCGGGACGAGAGCUGGCAGAGGAAGCCAGCUUUUACCUCCAAGCGGCGCACCUCCAGGGCUCGGUGGUCCCCCACCACCACGGCGUCUACUUCGCCCAACAACUCCACGUCGCCGGCGGCAUGUCCCGAGUCUUCUGUGUCCUCAUGGACGACGCGGGUGUGGACCUGGUGGACAGGAAGGGAAAGGGAAAGGAGGUACAGGGUGGGAUGGGCCAGCAGCCCUCUCGUCUCCAAGCAGACGACGAGUCCCUCGACCCCACGGAGCGCCACCAGCGAGUCGUCCCGAAGGCCAACAUUGUCAAGCUCUACCGCGAGCUGCAUGCUGCUGGGGUGGUCCACAACUCGCCCAACGCCAAACACUGGCUGAUGCCCCUCGGCCGUCCCGACCUCCUCCGCCUCAUCGACUUCGGGCGCGCCGACCUCCGCCCAGCGGCCAGUGCCGGCCCGUCCGGCGGGAACGAGCACGCCUUGCAGGAGUGGAGGUACCACGCCAUGCAGGAGCGUGCCAUGGUGUGCGAGCUGGUCGGGCUCCCUUUCGUGAAGACCUAUGCUUGGGGAAGCGAGCUCGAGGACGCGGUGAACGGUGCCCGCCGCUGGGUCCGCAAGCACUCGGACAGGUGGAACACGAACCACCAGGAGGCGUGGGACAUGGCCCCCGCGCCCGAGCUGUCCGAGUCUGACCUCGAGGACGUCGGCACCGAGGCGGCGGCCAGCGAGUGGCGGUACCUGGUCCAGGCGCCCUUAACUCUCGGGCAGCUCUUCCGCACCUGGAAGACGGGGGGCGAGUACGGCGCACCGUGCUCGCAGCUGUGGAACCCAUACGCUGAGACAUUCUGCAAGGGACCCGACGCCGCGGUCGAGGAGUACCGCGAGGCGUACAAGGAGUGGCCUGAGUGGCGCCGGCUGGACUUUGAGGACUGGUUCGUAGGCGCCGCGUUGGAGGGGGAGGAGUAG